AUGCAACAGCAAGGAGCAUUCUACUCCGUCGAUGGAGAUGAAAGUAGUAUGACAAUAUCUGAGACGGACCGUGAGAAAAUUGAGGAGCUGCGGAAUCUAGUAAAGGAGCAUAUUACACCAUACUAUGACACCGACUACAACCUCUUACGAUGGCUCAAAGGUCACGACUACAAUCUGGAGAUGAAUCACUCCCAAAUUGAUCAACCAUUUGAUGUUGCGCAAGAUAGUGGCCUCACUGGUGAAGCUGUGAAAACGCCAAAUUGUAUUGUGAAUAUUGAGCAAACAGGAGGAAAUGACUAUUGGGGCAUGCUAAACACAUAUCCGAUUAACGAAAUAUUA